UUAGUACUUUUUUGAUUCUCCGUGAGAGGACUUGUUGUUUGUUAUUUCCAGUCUUGGCGGUCAACAAAAGUCGGACGAAUUCGGAGGAAUUCUCGAAAAUGGCCUCAUGGAGCCGGGUGCAGGCGGGUUUCGACGCCGAUGAUGAGACCGUCAACUUUGGCACGCGGAUAAUUGCCGAGAACAAUGGUUCGUUGUACGAGACGCACACCGUAGCAACGAUCGAAUCUCUUGAAAAGGUGGAGCAAAAACCGAGCGUUCUAGCAUCCCUUCAACAUUCCAAGCUAUGCCUAGCGAUUGACAAAUCUAUUACAGUUUUUAACGAUGAGACUUGCGACAAAGUACUAUGUAAUAUCAGUUUUCCUUCUACGAUAGCAUGUUAUUGCAUUUCUAAAAAUGGUUUCUUCUUAUUUGUUGUGCUUACAACCGGAAUGCUGUAUUGCUUGCAUUUAUCGAAUGGAAAAGUUAUUUUUACAAAAUCUGUGCCGGAUAAUCAGAAUAAUGUAAUGGAAAUAUUUUUGAAAGAUCAAGGUGAGGAAACAUUUAUAAUCCUUGUCCUGAACACUGGUGCUAUUUACAGAUUCUCCAAUAUCUGUCUUAAAACGUUGGAAAUGGCGUUUACCAGUGGUGAUAAAAGCGCCAUUAUUGAUCACACAACAAAUAUUCAAUGUUCCGAGUUGUUUAAAGGAUUCACAUCUCCGGAGUUUCUUAAUGCUACGGUACAUGCAUCGUCGGAAAAAUUCUUGAUAGCUAUGGUUGGAACGAAUUCUAUGCUUACCUGGCCUGAUGAACAAUAUUGUAACUUGAGCACGUUCUCCUUUGGUUAUAAAAAAGUUAAGUUCCUGAAUUACAGCAGUAUGCUUUGUCUGCGUACGGAUAAUGUCCUAAGUGUUAUAUGUUCGAAUACAUUGCUCGGAUUGAAAAUAUGUGAAGGUCUGGUGUUAGAUUUUACUGUAAUACAACACGAUGAUUAUUGUGACAUUUUAUUUUUAACAGAAUGCAAGCAUAAUCGCGCCAUGUACAUACUAUGUCAUAUUUCAUAUCCAGAUUUUGAGCAGAAAUUGGAGAUUAAUGUUUCUGUUACCGCGCAUUUGUUCGAAGCCUUGCACGCGCCUGGUAACAUAUUUUAUGUAGAGGGUAUUACUACCGAGAAUAAAGUUGUCGACGCAUUCCGAAUAAAAACCAUAUCGGAGAGUAUCCCCGAAAUGCGUUUAGCCAGGCUGCUGAGAAAGAGGCAGUUCGACGCAGCUGAAAGUUUUGCGAGAAGAUUGGGUCUUUCCAUGGAAUCUAUUUACUGCUCCAAAGCAGCGUUAUUCAUAGAACAGCUUGGUCCGUGGGCAAAGUCUGCUCCUGAUUCAGUCAACAUGGACGCGUUGAUAGACGUUCUAGACAAAAUACUAGAUGUGCAAUACGUAACCGAAUGUUGCAGCAAAGCACUCAUUUCUGAUUACAUGCAGAUGAAGCAGAUAUAUUUAUAUGCGCGCGAACGAAUAGUGCGAAGUAUAAAGAAAGGAAAUACUGGCCCUAAUGAUCGGCUGUAUACUAAUCUGUCCUUAAUAAACGACACGUUACACCGACUCGAAACGUUCCAGAUGAUCCAGGAUGUUGAAGUGGAUACCUUACUGGACGACGAUGCAGCCAUGAAAGAAUGGAUAAGAUUUUCGCAAACGAACUUGCUGGAAGAAUUCAUGGACCAUUUGCACAUGAGUCAGCUGAAAUCCGCUACCUUAAUCUGGACGAGACAUCUUUCCGACAUAAUGAGGCACGUAUCCGCGCAGGGUGUACGGGAUAUUUUCAUCGCUUUGCCCGAAGAUACGACUCCGUCAUGCUUAUGGUCCUGGCUGAUCCAUUUUAUACCGACAUUGUUAUCCCUGCUACCCGACGCAUUGGACGAGAUUGUGUCCUGGGGUUCAAGGAAAUUGAAGUAUCUUGAGAUAUCUCAUCGCACAGCGUGGCCACAGAUUGGCACAGAUUUUGCCAAUAAGUUGAUAAAACUGCUCAGGUUUGGAGAUAAUCAGCAAUCCGUGUACUUCCAUCAGGAAUAUAAAUGUCAAAACUCUGCGCUGAAAAGGUUUAUGUAUCUGCUUCAGGCAAUAUCCGACAUUCAACAACUGAAGGAUGAUUACAGACUGAGAGUAUCUCUCGAUACGUAUGUUGACUCGCCUAUAGAAGCGAUUCACACGUUGAUGGAUAAGAUACAGCUUGACGAAAUUGUGAAGUUUGUAAAUACGUUCCUGAAGCGAUACAUGCUCAACAACAAUUUGCAAAACGACACCGUGCUUUGUGCGUAUGUACAGCGAGUUAUAAAGGAUUCAAACAGCUGGCGGGUUGCUGAGGAAGCUGCGUGGGAAAAAAGAGUUGCCACGAUAGUAGGCCUUAUAUGUGAUAGAGGGAACCAACUGGAGCAAAUCUUGGCCGUUUUAAGGAAAGCACCGGUGCCGUGGAGCUCGACUAUAGCUACACUAGCAGAAAAAGGUAGCAACUUCGAUCACAGCUUAGCUUUCAAGAUAAAAAUUGAACGUGACUACGUUCCGAUAAAGCUCAUCUUGAAGAAAUACGGAUGUACAACGAUCGACGUGAGUAACAGAUUGAUAUCACUCGUAAUAAAAGAAAUAAUAAAAGAAAAUCGUGACUCUAUGGUUGACGAUUUAGAUGUUUUGACUACAAGCGAUCGGCAGUUGAGACAAGAUGCAUUUUGUCGAUGCAUAAACGUUCGAUUAAAAGAAGGAAACGUGCAGAGAGCGCUGGACAUAAUACAACACUUAGAAAAUGAUACUACCGAUGCUUUAGAUUGCUAUGAGGGAAUCGUUAAUUUUAUCGUCGCAGCCAUUUCCUUUCGAAAUGCAACAUCUCUGGCUUACCACAUAGAAAUACUGGGCUGCCUAGAGUUUAAAAUACAAAAUUUGCUAACACGAUCGAGUGUUUGUUCAUUCCGCUGCAACGACAUUAUUGACACGAUAAAGGAUUUGAAGUCGCUUCACGCGUUGAAAAGAGAGUACAAGAUUGACGUUUCAUUAAAGGAUUAUCGCAUGCAGAAGUCGCUGAUAUUGCAUAAUUGUAUCACCGAGUUGCUUCCAGACGUGAACGAAGACAAUUUGUCGAUAAUGCACAAAAAGAUUGUCAGGAUUGCUGAAUUGCUAGGAUUAGAAAGAUCACAUGCAACUUUAUCCUUCGUCGAACGCACGGGAAAUAUGAGCGUGUUGCAGCAACUUGUGUGCGAUGGUGAUCAAAAUUUGAACAUGAUGUCAAACAUUCCAAGAUUCAAAGAUACGAACAAAAUAUGUCUAUCAGUACUGCAACAUGCUAUUACAAACACAAGUGUCGUAGAAGCUCUUAAGAAUUUAAGCGCCUCGACAUUGAGUACUUGUAAAGACGGUGACUUACAAUCCGCAUUGACGCUUUAUACUUGCAUCAGUGCAUGUCCAAGCCUUUCUAUCCAGCAAUGUUCGGACGUAAAGCCAGGAGACGUACCGCAAUCUUGGAAGCUGUAUACGAUAUAUAAAGACCAGACAAUAUCACCGGAUCAAUUAUUGUCGCUGUACAAAGACGUAAUAUCUCCUUACUUGCAUCAUUCAGAUCGAAUUAGCGAUAACGACGUUGCAAGUUGUAAUGAAGAAGUGAGUAAACCGUUAAAUAACUUCCUGGAGCGUACAAAGAAGAUGCAACUUCAACACAACGAUUAUUCUUUAUUGCAAAUUUUCAAGACGUUUUAUUUUAUGUAUCGGAACAGAUCCGUGAGGGACGAAGCGACGCUCACGGAAGUGAAUUCGAUGUUGUCGCAACUCUUGACGAAUUUAUUGAGAAAACUGUGUACUGGACGAUCGUUCGACUUGCAUUUAGGACUAUCGUGUCUCUUUAUGUUAUCCGAACAGGAAGCGUGCAACUGGCUGUCUACAGCGUGCGUGUCAUUUCAAACUGAUUACACUCGACACUCCAUAGUCUCGACUCUGGGAUAUGAAUAUUCACGCUUGACGAAGAAUCGGUCGCUGAUGCAGACGUUCGAAGGUUACAAACUACUGCAUAUCUGGGCACAGCGAUUGUCACAUUACUCGGUAGCGUAUAAAGAAGUCUUGAUAAAUAAUGCUUCAAGCAAACGGGAAAUCUUGCAACAGAUUGUGAGCAGUAAUAAGAAGAAUGUGAUGCCUUUACUGAAGGACUAUUGUUGCGGCUUCGGAUUUAACUUUAACGACUGCCUUUUGCUUUAUCUACAAACAUUGUUAAAAACGUGGAAACCAACAAUCACCGUCUUGGAUACAAACGGGAGCAAAGAAUUGACUAUCUCUAAUGACGAAGUAAACGAAUUAAGGGAGAAGUGUGACGCAAUUAUUGCGGAACUGGAAGAUAAAUCUAUGCUAAAGCGAAGCAUUCUUACAUUAUGGGACCAAAUUACUUUUUAUCAUUAUGAGGUAUUUCUCAUACUGAUGGAUCUCGUGGGGGACAAGGGUGCGGAAAAGAGGGAUUACCUGUGCUUCUUGCAAAAUUACACUCGGAACGGGCCUCCCACACCAAUGGAACUUGAUGAAUGGAUACACCUUAAUCCAGGGCAUGGCUCAUUACCGCCGAUAGCUCAAUGGAGACUUCCGUUCCUGCUUAAUGUCGACAUAUGGAAGAUUAUCACUCCCGAGUUAAAUUUAAGAACGUACGACAAGUGGCUCGACAUCGCGUCCGUCCUCAAGUUGCAGACACAUCUCGUGUGUACAUUGGCUAUCAAGGGUGAAAUGACUCGCGCGUGGGAAAAUAAUUCGGUGGAAUCGAAGAAUGCGUGGUCGCUUUAUCCGAAGAACACCACGUUGCUGAAAGAUAUAAAGGAGUGCAUACAACGAAUCACUGACUCUGAUGGAUUCUAUUACGGUACCGCAGCAUUGUACUACGUCGUGAAUCACACGCCUUCGGGCGCGGAUCGCGUUGCUGCCGCGAAAGAAUGCUACGAAUACGCUCAAAAGGCGGCGCAGAAUUCUAUAAAAUUCGAGGAAGGAAUGUUAGAAAAGAUUAGAUCGAAAUACUUGAGAUUUACCGCUGAGCACAUCCUACGUACGCAUGGAUUGGAGAGGGACAGUUAUCUUGCUUUAAUCGAAAACCCGUACAAACUGGUGUACGAAUUGUACAAUGACGGGGGUAUACCGUCACGAUAUCGAAUCGCAACUAAUUACAGACCUGACAUUAACGCUGCCGUUAACGAGCUCGGCGCGUUAUUUUCAUUGAACGUGAUAAAGCUGCGCCUGGACUUGCUGCAGGAAUGGUUACAACCCAACGUCAAGUACACCGAAUUAUACCAGAGUUUUACAGAAACGUUACCAGCGCUGAAAGAGCCCGACCAGUACAUGGAUCAUGAAGAUAAUUUGCUCAGAGCGUGCUACAUGCUUGAAUAUGGGGACACGGAUUUGUUCGCGCAAUUCCUCGUAAACAUAGGCUUCGGCCAUCGCCACGGCGAGACGGAAUACAAUUACAACGUACGAUAUCGAGCGCUUCGGGUGUUACAGACUAUCGUCGACACCGCUACUCUGGAGGAAUUAACGAAGCAAGAUAUAUGUACGUUUAGAAGGUACACCAAGUCGUUACAGUACGUCAGCAAGUUGGAAUCGUUGGGAUUGUAUUAUAGCGUCGAUGCGUUUGAGACGUGCUCUAAACGGGAGCUUGUUCAGAUAUUAUGGAAGAGUCAGCGUCAUUUGCCGUGUGCUCUCUCUGUCAUAGCGCAAAUUUGCAUCGAAUUCGAAGUGCACGAUAUUUUCCUGUGGGAUGGCACUUUGAGCCAAAUGACGAAAUUGCGGAUGGUAAACGAGUUAAAAAAGAUUUUGUUACAAGUACGGAGCGAAAGCGUCAUUGUAAAUUGUAACGGCUAUAAACUAGGAUGGCAGUUGAUUGUUUCUGAACCAUUCAGAGAAAUGGAUGUGAAUCUGAGCGAGGAGCAACUUAACAAUUGCGUAGAGGCGAUCUGCCUGUUGUAUUCGUGUCCUAUGGCACACGAAUUAGACUUCACCGUUAUUAUAAGACAUUGUUUUCAAUGUAAACAAGCGUAUCUGGCCGCCGCGCUUCUGCCAUUCUUAAACGAGUCCGAGAGAAAAUUCGUUUUGGAGACAAUUAACCAAACGUGUCGAAUAACAGAACUCGUGGAGAACUUGAAUCAUUUAUCUUCUAAAGGAGUACUCACGGUUGCACGUAGCAUCGCUAUUGUACAAAAAUCUGCGUCGCAAAGAUAAAAAUGAGGAAGAGAUAUUUUGUAUUAGCAACUGGGUUGCAAUUAUUAUAUUUAUAGAAUUGUAUUGUACUAUAAUUUGCGAAAUUAUUAUAAAUAAAUUUCUUUUUAUAUUAUUGUGGCAUAAAGAUGCAACACGAAACU